AUGUCGUCCUCUCAGCGGUCACGUUCUGCACCAUCAGGAGACAGACGGCCUGCCAGUGAAUCUGACAACGUGCAAUCGCCUGGACUACUGACACCUACGCGAUGGCACACUUCUCGUGGACGGCAACCUCAGCACCGCGACGAAUCUCCACGCCCUUCUCGCGAAGCAGGCAAGGCAACAACGCAAGGGCCUGCUUCUGUCACGAACUCGAACUCGUCAGUAGUUACAAGUGAGGCAGGGCAGGACUCAGAGCAUACGGCAGCUACGCAUAGCUCUAGUGGAUCUGGUGGGAAGAGCCCCUGGUUAAGGAAAACCUUACUGACUCUUGAUGGAGGGGGAGUCAGAGGCUUUUCCAGCUUGUUAAUACUGAGGGCCCUCAUGAUGGAAAUAGCCACUCUGGAACAAGCCGAGUCGCAAGCUCACAACAGCGUACAUCCGUUGCAGCCUCGACUGCGCAGACCUGUUCGCAUGCAGCAGAAUCGGACAGAUACACUGAGAAAAGACGAAAGCCCGGAGCAGAAGCAAGGCCCCGUAUUCGGACCCGCAAAUACCUCGUCUCUUUUCCUUCCAGCCCAUUAUUUUGACUAUAUAGCAGGCACUUCAACCGGAGGGCUCAUUGCGAUUAUGCUCGGUCGUCUCCACAUGACUGUGGAUGAGUGUCUCGAUGCAUAUGAAAACCUGGCAGACCACGUUUUUGGCCAUCCACGACAAUUUCAUAUUCGGAAGCCUCCAUGGAUUCCCCAGGAUAAGUACGACCACCUGCGUCUUGAGAAGGUCAUCAAAGAUAUUGUCAAACAGCGCAGCCCAAAAGGCCAUAACAGUACCGAAUUCCGCCAACCUAACGAGGACAUGUGCCGUACGAUCGUCAUAGCCUGGCAGAAGCUGAACGUUACUGGUACCCGCAUACCACACCUGUUCCGUUCAUAUCACCACCCGAAGAGUACCCCGGACGAUAUAUUAGAACGGAAUCCUGGAAGACCAGACAAUUAUCAAAUCUGGCAAGUCGGCCGCGCAACAUCAGCUGCUCCUUUUUACUUCAAGACCGUAAGGUUGGAAGAGGAGGACGAAAAAUCUGAGUACGUCGAUGGUGGUUUUGGGGCAAAUAAUCCUACAGAAGAAGCCUACAGGUCGGUGAAACAAUUGAGCAACAACAAUCCGCGAACGGUACAGAUCCUGGUCAGCAUCGGUACGGGCAAGAAUCUUGAGGCGGACCCGAAUCCUUCGGCUGGUUACAGGCUCUAUAUGGCCUACGCUAACACAGCAGCCAAAUGGGCCACCCAGUCUGAAGCAACUCAUCAUACAAUCUUAGAUGCCACAAGGACCUUUGCCGAGUAUUUCCGUCUCAAUGUGGAACACGGCAUCGGCAAAAUGAAGCUCGACGCAUGGAAAGGUAAAAAAGGGUGCGAGACUCUGGAGCUGAUCCGGACUAAGACCCAGGAAUACCUUGAUUCCCCAGACGGCCAACAGCAGAUAUCUCAUUCUGCGAGGCAGCUGGUCAACGUCCGAAAGGCUCGAAGCAGCCCGGAGUAUAUAGACCGAUGGGAGAGGUUCUGUCACGGUGUUGAAUACGCCUGUUGUGUGCCUACUUGUCUUGACGGCAGAGAUAAGAGGUACGAAGACCGGCAGGCACUUCGACGCCACGUCCAGGAAUCCCAUGCUUCCGAGUGCAAUAGGCUCGAAUUUUGGCUGAACGACGGCAAGCGAUUUCCAGAGGAGACAACAUCGUGA